AGGAUUUGGUCAAAAUUGUCUUCUGAGUCUCCAUUUUUAUGGACCUCUCAAAUAAGGGGUCAUUUCUCCAAAGCUGGAACUGGUUGGAAGUCUCCCAUAAAUAUUGCUGUGCUGAGCCAUCCUUUCAUUGGCUGCGUUCCUCUGUGUCCUCUAAGAAAGCUGAAUUUGGCCAAAAAUAAAAGAAGCCAGGAACAUCUGACAGAGCUAUCUUUACCACUUAACACCUGCAGAAGGUAAUUGGUUGUGAGGGUCCUACCAGAUUAUGUCUGUAUGACCACAGCAGGGACUUGAAAAUUAAAUCAAGCAGCUCCUGAAAAGCUCCAGGUGAUUUCAGAACACCUGCAGGAAGUAUUUUUCCAAAGCACUGGUACAUCAGAAAACAUCUUCUGAUGAGCUUCUCACUUGUGCCAGGCACUGUUUAGUUCCAGCACAUUCACGUUUUACCAUCCAAAGGUUAAACUGUGUUUAACCACUUGGAGAACUCUCUAAGGUGAGGAGAAAUAACGUGUCCUUUUGCCUUUAAAGAAGGUAAGUUUGGGAUCCAAACCUAUUGUUAGCUGAGCACAUUUUUAAAUGGUUACAGUUUUUCCUUAUGUUUCUAAAUACUUCAGUCAGUUUCUCUGAGUUUUUAAUUGCACAGGAGACCGAGUUAACAGUACAUUAUUUUUAAUCAGUUCAUUUUAUCUGGCUUCAGAAUUCUGAACCAAAUUAUCACCAUCACCAACUAAUUACUGGUUUAUAAUAAUUUCACAGUGUGGAGUCUCCAGUAAUCCAAUAUGCAUUGCCUACAAAACAACAAUGCACUGUGUCACCUCAGGGAUUUUGGCUGUUUGUGUUACUGGCUGAAUUUCAGAGCACCAGAUGAAGAAACCAAGGCUUAUUUCCCUUGAGUUUGGAUUUGCAUGAUUAGUUCUCUGUAUGUUAUCCUAUAAAUGGACAUCAAGUAUCAAGAGAGAAUUGCUUUCAAACAAUUCUCUUUUUGCUUCCCUGCCUCUGAAGUACAUUUCCCUGCAGGCAGCAUCACGUUUCAACCUUCUUCCUACUUCUGGUGACACAGCAGGAACAGAUGUCCCUGUGCAGGUACUGUCAGCAAUCAUGGAUAGUUGUUUUUCACAUUGGUACAGGAAUGCUCAGGAUGCUGCAAAGUGUUGACAAAGUAUGUCCACCACCAGAGCUAGUGACUGAAAAGCUUCUGAUUCCUUGUGUAGGGUAUAGACCUGAGAAUCUCAGAUUUCUGAAGUUUGGUUCCUCCUGCAAAUAACCCCUCUGUGUCCAUGUGAGGAGUAUUCCCAUCCCCUGCUGGAACACAACAUAAUUUGCAAUAGCUGUUUAGUAAUGCUGUAGAACAGCAGAAAGGGAGCAAAACAGCUGUGUCUGCUAUGACAACAAAAUCCACCUUGGUCAGUCAUUUAUCCUUUCUGCAAGCACUUGUCUGGCUGUUUGGAUGAACCCUUCCUCUGUGGAUCCUUCCUCCUGGAAAAUGCUGAAGAUCCUACUGAUGAGUUGUCUUUCAAACCUGCCUCAUAGUUCUGAGGUCCUAAUCCAGCAAGGUUUUCCUGUCUGCAGCCUUCCCUUUCAAUCUGUGCCACUGGAAACAGUGGUUUAUGGAACCAGGGUAAUUUCAGUGCUGUUCCCAGUGCAUCAUCCAUCAUUUUAUUAUCACUCAGUAUAGUCACAUUCUUGUCUUGCUAAAAACAGAUUAUAUAGAGGCUGUGAGCUUCUAUUCAUGAUACUGAUAUUCACACAUUUGCUGAUCCAAGCUAACUGAUCAGUUCCAAUCCUCGUAGUAACAAAGACAGGCUUCAGUGCAGACUGGUCCAGCAUCCAAGAAGGCUCAUGGUACUCACAUUUAAAUUAACCUUGGUUGAAACUAGCAUGUACAGUUUUUUUGUGCUGCAGUCAGACCUCCCAGCUUAGAAGAGACAUGCUUGAAGACUCCUGCAUUUUGGAGUGCAACCCUGCUUCUUCAGAGUUAACAGUGACUAAUUACAUACGUAAUGAGUGAUCCUGAUUACUCGAUUAAGCAGCAGGAAAAAAGAGAGGAUUUGAAAGAGCACCCCUGGGUAUUACCAUGAAGAUUCAGCUGAUGCAAGCUGAUCCAGCCCUCUGGAGAACACACAGAUUUUCAGUGUGUUGGUGUAGUUCACACUUAGAAAGUGAGGCAAGAAGAGAUUCACAUUAUUUCAGUGCUAGGAAUGAGUGUCAAAAGGCAAGACUGCUGUCCAGGUCUUAGCCAAUGUGCUUAGUAAUGCCAAACACAGACAUUUAAAGCUCAAGACAGAUAUCCAGAAUGUCGGAAUUCUAUUUAACCAAUCUGUACUUCUUUCUCUUUUACUGCUGGUUUCUGAGCUGCAGGCUCUGGUCCAAGUAUGUUUUAAACCCUUUUCUGAAACUGUGAAAGCUAGAACCUUGAUUUAAUUUAUAUUGAAAGAUGUAUUGCUUAGUCAUCUUCAAACCAGUUCUUUAUAACACCAGACACUGUUAAUUUUACUGCUGAUGUCCUAAAACUGGUAUUUCUCCUCUAGAAUCAAUAAAGAUGAAGCUUCAGCCAAGGACUGGUUUAGAAUUAGAUCCCGUUUUUAUGGGAAUAAAUGAGCCUCUGAAGAAUGGCCCAUGUUUAUAUAGUAGAUUCUUUCUGUCUGCCAGUGUUGUUUGGGAAUACUGGCUUUCAUCCUCCUGCUUUCUGGUCCAAAGAAGGUGCAGGAAGGGAGUAGCAGCCCUCAAGGAAACUUCAUCAGAACACCUCCGUAGGAAAUAAACUGUAAACAGCAGGAGGUCUAUUAACAUUAAAACUACUUUUCUGCCAUUUCCUGUGGAGACUCCAACACUGUGUUGGUCACAAGUUCCUGGUCACAUCUUGAUAAUUGUGGCUAUUUCUUGCCAUUAUUGGAUACAUUAUCCUGAUGUAUUAUUUAGAAGACUGUUUAUACCAACAGACACAUAAAAGGAAAGUUAGCUUUGCAAAAGCCACAUAUUGAAGUGUUUUCAGAAGUUCUGAGUUUCUGUUCUGAUGUGCCUUGGCUAAAAACAAAAGGCAUUGUGUCACUGGCAUCAAUGCCAUUAGCAUUAGCCCUUUCAGAUAUGGGUGUUUCUCACUGCAUUAAAUAUUUGCCAUGGACACAGUCCUAUAUUUAAGGUGAUAGAUUGGAACUUGGUUCCUGAGAGACCCCUUCAUCCUGCUAGGCUGGAAUUACACAGAAGGGGCCUGACAAUAGCCUGCUUCCCUUGGAAAGCUUUUAUUUUGUUCUGCUGUUAAAUGUUGCUAAAUGUUCUCUGUUAAAUCUUGUGUGUUUAUGAUGGCAUCAUAUGCUGCUUCAAAUCACUGAGGGAGCAGAUGGCAAAGAAUUCAAGUCCUAUCUGCCUCUGAUGCCCUUGGCAUUGAAACAUCCAAAUAUCUUCAUAGAUCUGAGUGUAAGAGCUGUGCCAGAAUGCAAACAAAGGAAUCUUUGAUCUCAGGCAUUACAGCAGCUCGCUGAUUGUGGACAGUCCUCCUUUUAGUCUUUCUAACCCCACAGGUUGUUUGCACUUAUUGCUCUGGAGUGUUCUAGAGUCCCAAAGGGACAGUGCAACAUUACUAAUUUAUACUAAUCACUCUAAAAGGAACCAAAAAGCUGUGGAAAAAUAUCAGGAGGAGACAGUGGAAAAGCACAACAUCCUAUCUGCUUCCCUUUAAAUAUAGCACAUCACAGUGAAAAUUUUCUUUUUAGCAAAACAUGGUACCAGAAUUUUGUAAGUGCCCUGAAAACAUCAAAAUUCCCCACUCUGUGUACUGCUGACAAUUCACAUGGGAGAAGUAAAACUAUUCCUGUACUCUAAGGAAAGAAGUAAUAAAUUACUGCUGUGCUUAUGAUUAUUAUUUAAGUGAAUGUCUGUUGCAGGAGUUGGAGAUUGAUGUACAAUUGAAUGUCACUGGUGAGGUGGAGUUUAUGUAUUAGAUUGAAACAAAUAUUUAAGGUAAGGAGUUUAGAUAGUGAAAGAAAGUGCUUCCCAAAAAGAUGAAGUGAAAAUAAAGACCACAAGGGUGGCCCAUAAGAAAAACAUUUUCCCAAGGGGUCCCUUCAUCAAAUCAGAAGUUUUGUCCAAGUCUGAUAAAAUGUUCAUAAAGAAAACCAAAAGGGACCAUCUGUGAUAGAAAAAGGUGCCUGUGUUUGAUCAUUGUAUUUUUUGGCUUUAUGCAGAGGUUACUGGGUGAGUACACAUUGAUGAUACAGGAGAUUGUGACAGUCUCUUGUCAUUAAAACAAGGGAAUAUAUAUGUCUGUCUCUGUUAAAAUAUGCAAAUGUGAGGAGGUGAUGUUUGCAAUCUGAUUUCAGGCCUCUGAAAAUAAAGAAAUCCAGACACAAUGACACAGAGACAAAAAUAGCAAUUUACAUGAGCUGUUAUUUGUUUAACCUGAACUCAGAUCAGCCUAAAGUCAUUUAUACAUAGCUUAGCACUGGAAAGCCUUGCAUAUGUCCAGACUCUUGUUUGGUUUUGUAAUUUCAACAUUUGCCUAUCUCUUAUCUUGUUCCCUUUGAGUAUUUGUUGCACAUGCAGAGUGUAACAGAAACAGUCUCAUAAAUACAAAUGUUCCUUGGCAUGGAACACUCUUGGAAGGCCUAUUUACAGAUAAUAUACCUGUGGUAAAUUCUUACACUACCAACAGUAGGACAAUCUUGAAGUUACAUAAAGAAGACCCUAAUCAUGUUUUUUUUUAUCACUCAAUGUAAUGUUGGAAUUACUGAUCCUUUGAUUUCACCUAUGGUAGUCAGAUCUCAGAGAGCUUCUCGGACUAUCCUUCAGCUAGAAAUAUUCCUGGUCACUCGUAACACUUGCACCUCUGAAUGCUUUAAGGAGUGUUGCAUUUUACAAAUAUUCCCCAGAAGAGUCUUUUUCAAGUACAUUCUUCCUGUGAAGACAUGUAACAUGCUGGUUUUGUGUUAUAGUACACACUGCCAGGAAGAUAUUUUAUAUUUUUAUAAAGUCUAUCUCUAUUAUCUUUGUUUAAAAAUAUGAUUAUACUUCUGGUUUUCUUCUGUGUGGAAAGCCUGCUUCUCAGACCAUGCCUUCCCCAAUCCUUGGGGAUUUAACUGUUUGUUUGAGGAAUUCUUUAGUGUGUUUAAUGUUUUUAGUGUGUUUUCUUUGAUAAAAUUAGCGGCAGCAGCUCAACUCUAAACACAUCCAUAGUUAUUACUAAUGAAGGCAACGAUAUCAUCACCUUAUUCACAUCUCCAGGCUUUUCCAACUGGUGGAGUCAAGCCUGUAAGAGAAUGGAAACUGGUUGGAAGGUUCACUUCCCUGAUGUUGAACGAGUGGAGUGGCUGAACAAGGUCCUUGUACAGGCUUGGCCAUACUUUGGAACAAUCAUGGAAAAAUCAUUUAAAGAAGUUCUUGAACCAAAAAUCAGAGCAAAGAGUGUACAUCUGAAAACAUGCACCUUUACCAAGAUUCACUUUGGCGAGAAGUGCCCUAGAAUUAACGGAAUAAAAGCUUACACCAAAGAAAUUGAUAGGAGACAAGUUACCCUAGACCUGCAGAUCUGUUACAUAGGGGACUGUGAGAUUCACAUGGACAUAUCGAAAUUUAAUCUUGGUGUGAAAGGUGUACAGUUGUAUGGGACGUUGCGGGUGAUCCUGGAACCUCUCCUAACGGAUGCACCUUUUGUUGGAGCAGUGACCUUGUUUUUUAUGCAGAAACCGCAUUUGGAAAUCAACUGGGCAGGCAUGAGCAACCUUCUGGAUAUCCCAGGGAUUAAUGUAAUGUCAGACUCACUAAUUCAAGACUUCAUUGCUGCACGGCUGGUUCUACCAAACAGGAUCACGGUGCCUCUGAAAAAGAACAUGAACAUUGCCCACCUGAGGUUCCCUGUCCCCCAGGGAGUAAUAAGGGUUCAUCUGUUAGAAGCUGAAAACCUUGUCCAGAAAGACAAUUUCCUUGGUGCCAUCAGGGGGAAGUCUGAUCCAUACGCUCUCGUCCGUGUUGGCACCGUGCAGUAUCGAAGCAAGACAGUCUCCCGAGAUCUUAAUCCCAUUUGGAAUGAGACAUUUGAGUUUGUUAUUCAUGAAGUGCCUGGUCAGGACUUAGAAGUGGAUUUGUAUGAUGAAGAUCCAGAUAAAGAUGACUUUAUGGGCAGCUUGCUGAUAGGCCUGGUGGAUGUAAUGAAUGACAGAACUGUUGAUGAGUGGUUUCCCUUAAGUAAGACGACAAGUGGACACUUGCAUUUAAAACUAGAGUGGCUUUCACUAGUAAACGACGAAGAAAAACUACAUGAGGAUAAGAAGGGUCUGUCUACAGCAAUUCUGAUUGUCUACUUGGACAGUGCCUUCAACCUUCCUAAAAACCACUUCGAGUAUUCAAAUGGUGAAUGUGGAGCAAAGAAGAUCAAAAAUAACAAGUACAUCAAGAAGAUGGAACGAGAACCUUCCUCCUUUGUCCUGCUCACAGUUGGGAACAAGACUCAGAAGAGUAAGACCUGCAAUUUCAGCAAAGAUCCUACAUGGGGCCAGGCUUUCACCUUCUUUGUCCACAGUGCUCAUUCCCAGUCACUCCACAUUGAGAUAAAAGACAAGGAGCGGGAUAGUGCCCUGGGAACUUCAGUGAUAUGUCUUUCCCACUUACUUAAGGACCCAAACAUGACUCUGGAUCAGAGAUUCCAGCUGGACCAUUCCAGUUCAGAUAGCUUCAUUAAGAUGAAACUUGUAUUGCGGGCACUGAAUGUUGAAGAACCUGAUCCGCAAAGAGUCAAGGCUGGUGUCAAUGCCUCGAAGCCAGGUCCUGUGCAUGUCAUGGAAAAGGCUGGAAAUCAGCAAAAGUUUUCCUCUCCACAAGUCUCAAAAGUACCUCCCAUGAGCAAAGACUCUGCAGCACCUGAGUCUCUGCCAAAAAAGGACAGUGGAGAAAACCUGGACACUAAAGACAGCUCAGCAGCUGCUGUACCAAGUGAAACUGUGUCUGGCCUUGAUGAAGCAGAGGGCAAGCAAAACCCAGAGCAUGGCCCACCAUCAGCAUUGCCCAGAGGAGCAGUGGCUGUGCCCACACUGCCUGUCCUGCAGGAAAUGAGGGUGGCACCCAGUGUCACUUCACUGGGGUCCCUGCCUUCUUCCUGCUUUGAAUUAAGUAGCAGCAACCUGGACAUUCAUAAUGGGACCGAGGUGCCUCUGGGGGAGAUCCAGCUGACGGUGCGUUACGCUUCCAUUCGGCAGAGCCUCGUCGUGCUGGUCAACGGCUGCAGGAACUUGGUACCCUCUUCCAACCGUGGAGUCGAUCCAUAUGUUCGUAUAUACCUGCUUCCAGACAGAAGAUGGACAAGUAGGAAGAAGACUUCUGUUAAGAAAAAAACUCUGAACCCCCAAUACGAUGAGAAGUUUGAAUUUUUUGAAUCUUUGGAAAAUGUCAAGAAAAGGACACUGGACAUUGCAGUGAAAAACAGCAGGCCAUUCAUUUCACAGGAGAGGAAGGAGCUGGGGAAAGUGCGCAUUGACUUGUCCCAGGAGGAUUUAAUAAAAGGUUUUGCACAAUGGUAUGAGCUGACAAGGAGCAGACGCAAGAAAUUCUGAUUUCUUCUCGUGUACAUAAGUUACUAAUUUUUCAACUUUAUACAAAUGUACAUAUCUCUUGUAAUUAACAUGUUUUGCAGUCACUGCAAAUUUGAAGCAGGCUCCAGCUCAGGACAUGCAAAUUUAAUGAUCCUAUUUGGGGAUUAGUUCUCACUGAAGUUAAACAUAUUUUCCCCCACACAGGGAGUAAUUUGUCCUUAAAGAAUAAAUCCUUUACGUUUGCUAUUUCUGCAAAUACCCCCUCAAAGGGCAUCUAAGUGUGAAACCUCUCUUAAAGAAGGGUUGUACCUGGGGAGAUUUUAGACUGUCAGCCAAGUGUCAUUACUUUGCCUGGCAGUCUGAUGGCCCUAGGAGCUCGUUCAUGUUGUUUUAACAUGGAAGUGGUGUGCUUUUAAAAGAAUACAUUUUGAAACAGUAUUCUCAUCUGUAGGGCUACAGAACCAGUUAAAAGAGAAACUCUUUAACAGCUAUUUUGUUGGUUUUUUUUUUUUGACAAACUAAGAAGUUGGUAGUCCGCUGUUCAGAAUUACCUUAGCAGACUGUGGCUGCAGGUAUGUAAAUAAUGAGCUUUCAAAAGCAGGGAGAAGAAUUUACCAAGAUGUCAUUAUGGUUUUAGUUUGUGAUGCCUUAACUGGUUUUGUCCUUUGUUGCAGUACAUUUCAAAGUCUUGUAAACCCAGAUUCUGGCUGAGGACCAGCAAAGUUUUGUAAACUAACCUUAAUAAUAUUGAGGCAAAAUAUUUUUGGAAGCUUGGUGUACUUGUUUCUGUACAAUAAACUUUUAAUGGUCUUGGA